CCCAGCCCCGCUGCCUGCCGGAGACUUUCCCCGUCGCCCCCGGGCUCCGCGGCGCCGAGGGAGGAGAAGCGCGCGGGGAGCAGCCGCGGCCCUGCCACCCUCCUCCCGGCACGCUCCCCGCGGCAGCGCCGGGGCUGCUCGGCUGCCCUCGGCACGAAGACGAGCUCAGCCGGCCGGGCGCAGCCCCCGAGGAGCCUGCGGCGGCCGUGAAGCCCCGGCAUCGCGAUGGCAGAGGGGGAGAUAACCACCUUCGCCGCCCUCACCGAAAAAUUCGACCUGCCGGCGGGGAACUACCAGCAGCCCAAGCUGCUGUACUGCAGCAACGGGGGCCACUUCCUGCGCAUCCGCCCCGACGGGCGCGUGGACGGCACCAGGGACCGCGGCGACCUGCACAUCCGGCUGCAGCUCAGCGCGGAAAGCGUGGGCGAGGUGUACAUACGGGGCACCCAGUCCGGGCAGUACCUGGCCAUGGACACCAACGGGCUCCUCUACGGCUCGCGGCUGCCGAGCGACGAGUGCCUGUUCCUGGAGCGCCUCGAGGAGAACCACUACAACACCUACGCCUCCAAGAAGCACGCCGAUAAGCGCUGGUUCGUCGGCCUGAAGAAGGACGGCCGCAGCAAAGCGGGGCCGCGGACGCACGGCGGCCAGAAGGCCAUCCUCUUCCUCCCGCUGCCCGCGGCCGCCGAGUAGGGGCCCCGCGGAGCCGCUCGGCCCCGCGCCCUCCUUCCAGCCCCGCCGGCGGGGAGCCCGGCGCCCGCGGUGCCCCUCACCGUGUCGUCCCGGCUCAGUGAUGCUCUCCGGCUCCUUGGUACCUGGCUUCCCACGUAUCCGCCAGCCGCGCCGAUACCACGCCGUCGCGUGAGAGCCUGGCAAGAAAUCCCUGCAGAUCUCGUCUUUGCAUCCAGCCAAACUAGCACCAGCCAAAAGCCCUCGGCCCCAGGCGACUCAUCCCUCCCGACAACACGAGCACUGCUGUACUUCGUGCUAACGCCUGCUGUAUGUGGUUUAUAUUUAUUAAGUGAAUCUGCCUCCUCGGCGAUGUGCCCGUAAGCCGCCCCGGGCAGCCAGAGCCGGCCCCGCUCGCUGGGUGCAGAGCCCCAGCAGCUCCCGAUGCGCCUGCAAGCCCAGAGCCUCCAGUUUCGGACUGACCCUUCCCGGCGAUAUCGCAUCCAACCAAAGAGAGGAGGUUUACCCAGCGGUGCCACCGGAGCUGCCACCGCGGGCAGGCACACGGGACCCUCAUGCCCUGCAACGGGGCGGCGUCGCCCCGCAGCCGUACGGCAAAUCCCUGCAACCGCAGAGCGGCCGCCCGGCUGCUUUGGACCGAAGCUGUACAUAAGAUGUGCUGCUGUAGUGGCAGAGUAAUAAAGUUUGAUAGGGACUAGUG